UUGGCGCGUUAACGUGAUAACAGCCCGUGCCUGUCAUGGGACUCGAGAUAGUGGCCGAUAAAACAACGAGCCCAAGCAUAGAGUCCUGUGUCGGCCAGAGCGUUCCAAAUUUAAACUAGUGCUGUUUCAUGUAUAAAUAAAGAACUAAGUGAUGAGUUGAGUGGCAAACGUUUCGUGUUCCAUGUUCAAACUGCGGACAUAGACAAUUAUAUAGAUUUUAAGUGAAAAGUUUUUAUGGUUAAAAAAAAUGGGGAAGAAGAAAAAGCCUAACGGAAAGAAGGGUGCGAAUAGAUUCUUUCGCUGGAUAAGAAGCGAUUUGCCUGAUGAAGAGGACAAGAAAUCACCCGUACUCCUAUUAGGAGUAAAUAAAAUAUCAGAUUCCCCUUUUUUCGUCCGAAGACGAGUCACUGACCCCCAUGCAUCCGGGUCCAUCAGAUUCUUCCGCCCACCGAAAUCAAAGUACACAAGAGGCUUAAAUGGAGACGAGAGAUUGGAGAAGAUCAGACAGGACCUCCUUGUCCACAAACACAAGCCGGAUAGAUACAUUCCAACCACUAAACAUGAACUCUCCUCUGAACCAGAUACAAAACGUCACUGUAUCAAAUUAAGCUGCGGGGGAAAUUGCAUCUGUGAUAGGAAUAAAUCUUCAUCCGAUAGAGGAUCCUUUUCCUUCCACAGACCUGAAAAUCGACAGUCAUCCUUAUGUCCGUCAGAACCAUACGGGAAGGUUGAAAAAAGAGACAAUUCCGAGAAUGAAAUAGAGUUUAAAUACACUGAGCACAUUCCAGACAACCAACCAUCUAGCAGCAAGCAAAAUUCGUACAACGUGACCCCAAAGUCAACGGAACGUAGACACUUUCUGCUCGCUAACCUCAAUGAGAGAUUCCGGAAGACGCUCAGCUUAGAUUCUCGUAAAAUUGAAACGAAUCGUGUCCUAAGUCUGCCACAGGAACCUCGUCCCAAGUCACUCGUGAAUACAAGCAAUAUUUGCGUGCAACAAUAUAAAUCCGGUGACCCGUUCAUCACACCGAAUUUUGACAAAGCCAGUCAGCCUAAAAAGAAGCGGAAGUCGUUUUUCUCAUUGGAUACAUUUUUCGAUUCAAAGAAAUCGGAUACCUCGUCCAUAGACGAUUAUUGCUCAUCGAAAUACAAACGUUUUGAAUUAGAAAGCGAUGACUCGCCGCUAUUCAGACGAGAUCUUUCUAACGGCGUGAAGACGCCAGAUCUUCUGAACUUACCCGUAAUCAUAGAUUCAGUGCGUAAAAAGCAAUCAGACACGAAAAGACAGUUAGAAAAGUUAGAAAAUCAUUAUUAUAAAAGUUUAACUAAGACACGGGCCGUUAUAGACGCCAUUCCAGCUGACGCAACUGACGUACAAGGACCUAGCGGGCAUUCCAAUCACUUAUUCGUAUAUGAUGACGACGUGGAAUACAUAGAACCCAUACGGAGUAACUUCACAAGUCAAAGUACUUUGAUACUCGACAAAAAUAUAUCCGGUGAAGGUACCCUCAAACCGGAUUCAAUUUUGACAAUAAACACAGACGAUACUGAUAUUAAACUACCUAGUUCCACGGUAUCUCCUAAAUCGAAUGAUAUUAGAAACUUGGAGAAUGAUUUCGAUAGUAUAGGAGCUUAUGAAAUAGAAGUGAAGGAGUCGGAUUUGUUGAAGGAUUGCUCCAAGAAGUUAGUUGUUAAAGUGAUGGAUAAAUCAGUGGAUUCGAUUGGUAGUUGUUCCUUGGACGUGGACGCGAGCACGGAUUAUUCAGAUACAACAUCCGGCAGCUUGAAUCUUCUGACGCCAUCGUCAACGACCAGUCGUAUUAGAGAUUUCACGUCCCGAAUACAAGAACGUGCGGCGUCUAACUUACAACCCAGCAGUGCAACACCAUUGGCACCGAUUUCACCAGCCAGGUCACCAGACGAUCAAACACCAACCCCGAGGAGAUCGGACCACCUCCUCAGGCCUCCCCCAAAAAUCCUCGUAGACACAUCGAGCCAUAGAUCAAGGAGUCACCAAAGGAAACGGGACGAAUUACCCCAGAAGAAGCCUAGCUAUCUUAACUUGGCGUGUUCGGUUAACGGCUACACUAAUUUAACAACGUAUGAUUCUAAAUUGCGCCAGGACAUAAACAAAAGCCGAGAAGCGUCUCCCAUACGACCAAUCACACAUAACUAUCAAUACAGAAGUGAAAAUAACUCUCUACUCGUCCCAGUCCCUGUCAGUGCUAAUAAACUGCUUGUGCCGACCUUCGGACCUCAUGAUACUCGCACGAAUUUGACACCAAAAGCGCCUCCCAAGGCGCACACCGACCCUCACAUAGCUUCCCCAGUGCAUGCCUUCAUGGCUGCUGAAAAUAAACAGCUCAAAAACGAUUUUUUAGGCCCCAGUAUGACGACUACGAGUCGUCCAUAUAUAUCGAACGAGAGCAAGACAUUCGCUACGUCGAUGCUUCAUCAGAAAGACGAGGUAGAUAAUGCUAAAGAAAUGACGUUUAAAUCGAGUUAUUCGGAGACUAAUUUCAGACAAUCCGUCACGACUAAUGGUAAAGAGACCAGAUUGACGUCCGAGUCGUAUACGAUAUCCUCAAACGGUGUAUCGAAACGGGUCGAAAUAACAAAAGAGAAUGGCGAAAAGUUGACAAGUCCCAUGAAAAGCUUUAUACAGCAACGCGUCGAACGUUUGUACGGACCGGGCGCGCUCGCUCAGGGAUUUUUCAACCAGAAAAGGCACAAAUUGAAGAGUUCCAGCGAGGACGACGACCCGAAAGUGUUGACGGAGAAAUCUCUAAAUUGUCCGAGCGAGAGAUUCGUCUCGCCCCGUAAAUCGAACGAAAGUUUCGACAGCGAGAACAUAUACACGAGUCCAACGAAUGAGGAUCCGACAGUUCUGCCAGUGUUGAGGCAUUUGAGGCCGGAAUUCCGCGCGCAACUACCGAUUCUAUCGCCGAGGAAGAGCUUGAAGUCUGACCUCUCCCCUCAGAAAAUAGAACAAGACAUUCCGGAACCUUCGAAGACUGAAGUCGAAGAGAAAAUUAGUGAUGUGACUAAUGGUGUUUCUGUGAUAAAUUUAGACGAUUCGAUUAAAGAACCGGUGAAUGGUGUGAAUGGUGUCGAUAAAGCUAACGGCGAAGUGGUUAAAGACGCGUAUUAUUUCAUAGAUUUGGAAAAGAAAGAGACCGAAAGAUUGAUCGCCUUGGCUGUUGGAGCAGAGAAGGAGCUGGAGACUUUACAGAAUAAUGAGGAUAUAAGCGAAGAAGUGCUUGGAUUACUGCGUGCUGCCUCAGGGAAAGCACGAUUGUUGGCGACGCAGAAGAUGCAACAAUUCGAAGGCCUCUGCUACAACAAUAUAAAUGAACGUGGUGACGAACAGUUCCCCACCACGCUCGAAGACCUCCAGGGCUUCUGGGAUAUGGUGUGUCUACAGGUCAGGAAUGUGGAAGCACUCUACGAGCAUUUGAAUUUGCUCCGUGCUAACAACUGGCAGGAAAUAGCGGCGCCCGUGUGCAAGCCGGCGCCCUCCCCCGCGCGCCGCGCCAGCCGCCCCCCCGCCGCGCCCGCCGCCACCAACGAGAAGGCGCGCCUCGCCGCGCAGAAGCGGGAGGCCGACCGGAAGGCCAUGCUGGAGCACCGCAGACGUGUAGCGCGUGAGAGACAACUCGCGACUCGCUCUACUCCGUCUGCGAGCGAGCGAGACAACGAUACCGCUGUCGAGGGCAGUCAGGAGGUAGAAAUCUUUGUAGGUAAAAGUGCAAAAUCAAUGGUCGCCCAAGGAGACUGUGCCAGCCAUGUCUCCGAAGAAUCCAUCGGACAGAGCUGAUUUGCUUGCAACCUCAUAGAAUAUAUUAACCGUCUUAAACGUAACCAGGGUCAUAAUACAUUCAUCGUUGUAAGUUUUAAUUUGCAGUUCUAAAAAAUCUCUCGAAUUCAAUGUUUAAAAU